UGUGUGGGCCUGGUUCACCUGUUUGGGCCUUCAGGAGCAAAGUCACACGGUCUGGAGCUGGCGGCGCAGAGUUUUCACUGGCUUCCCUCUUCGCCUCCUCGACUCCAACGGGCUGCGUUGGUUCUUUGUGACGAAGUCGAAGACGAAGCGCUGCAGUCGCUGGAGUCGGCGUCAACUUAACGCCGGCGUCGAGUGGUUGGUUGCUGGCUGUCAUUUUGUUUGUUGGUAGCAGCAGCACCGGGAACUUGGCCGCAGUCGCAGACCACACGCUCCACGGGAACCACGAGCGGCGGCAUUGGAUUCGGUUUGGCCCUGGCCCGCCACGAACGCAGUCAAAACAAAAACAAAAACAAAAACAGAAACAACAACAAAAACAAAAGACAUCUGUGCCGGUGGAAGUGCGAGUUCGGCUAUCGCCCUGUGCUCGACGUUAUCACAACAGCCAUAUCGGAAACACCAGCUCCAGCCACAACGACCAAAAAUAAGAGCAGAGGUCGUAUCCGUACCAAUCGAUUCACUAUCUUUUGGAAUCAUGAGCAACACUAUGACAGCCGCCCACGAGCCGACGAUCCACUACCUGGACAGUGUGCUCAGCGAGGAGGAGAAGCGGUGCGAGUACGGCCACCAGUGGCGCAACUUCUCCAUUUCCCGGUCUGGGCGCUUCCGGUCGAAGAACAAGAAGCGGGAUGCCGUCGACGGCAAGCUCUUCGACGCAGGAUCCCCGAAGGACAGCGAAAAGGUCUCGAGCCGAACUCCUUCCAGCGGCUUGUCCAAGUCCGCCGCCGUAGCAACGGCAGGAUCGAUGACGACACCAGGCACCCAGGCGAGAAGUCAACGUGACCAAGCGGAGAGCUAUAAAAGUUUUUACGAGACGAAUUUAUAGAUAAUGGCGCCUUGUCAAGCACACGGCUGUAUGAAUACGUACUUUCCUUAUAAUGUACACAAUUAUCAUGCAUAUGUAUAUAACUUAGCAUGACGCUUUAUUUUAUCAGAUUGAGAGGAUGAGAAAGAGAAAGGAGGGGAACACAGAGGACUUAUCGAACUACUUGGGGCUAUGCAGUGCAGGGAAGACGAAUGCACUUCGCGCGGUUUGAUUAACCUUGAUUUAAUGUUUAGUAAGGCUUAUUUCGCACAUGAUAACUUUCUCUCUCUAUGCUUAGAUCAAUUGUACGUAAGUAAAAUUAAGAUUGCUUAGAUUUUUAAAGUAUUAAAACGUGAUAAUUGCACUAAUUAAUAUGCAUAAUUUAAAAUAUAUAGCUAUAGAAAAUGUACGCCUAACUUUAGUGAAUAUUUAAAUCAGACCAAUAAAGAACCACGUUCGAUUUAAGAGUCGUUUAA